AAGCUGACUCAGGAUCGAGCUCUCUGCCUGCUGUUGUUGUGGAAACAUUCCCUGCAACCAUCAAUGGCACUGUGGAAGGAGGGGCUUCGUCUGAAAGAGCUGACAUGCCCCCAGGAUUUCUGUUUAAGGUCCAGGCCAUGCAUGAUUACACAGCCACUGACAGUGAUGAGCUGCAGCUGAAGGCCGGGGAUGUGGUGCUUGUGAUUCCAUUUGAAAACCCUGAGGAGCAGGAUGAAGGAUGGCUGAUGGGCGUGAAGGAGUCUGACUGGAUCCAGCAUAAGGAACUUGACCAAUGCCGAGGGGUUUUCCCUGAGAAUUUCACAGAACGGGUGCAGUGAAAGCGCAAGGCCACCAGCUGUAUUUCUGCUGGAAGAAAGCAAGUUUUCUGGUAGAUAAUUGAAAAAGAACAACGAAAGGAAAAGAAGAGAGAAUUUUUAAAGGAACAGAAGCCUGAAAAAGUCAGCUUAAAGGGUGUGUUCUUCUCAAAGGGCAAGGUUUCAGAAGUAAAUUGAAAUUCAAAGUGUUAUCAAAAUAUAUACGUAUUAUUAAGAAUAAGGCAAGUCAGAUACCCUUUUCCCCCUUGGUUUUAAACAGCAUUUGGAUUCAGAGGACUGAUGCAGAAGCAACUCAGCGUGGUUCUCUAAAUAUUGCAUUGGAGAGAUGUCAGUCUGAUCGCUGGAAAGGCAGUAUUUGUCUAAUGG